UGUUUUUGAUUUCUCAAAUUAUUCACUGGACGGGUCCUGUAAAGUGAGUGAGAUGAGAUUCUAUCAAAAGCAUAAAAGUUUGAGAGGAGACAAGGACAAUAUCGUUGGACAAAGUGCCAGCCUAAUAUUGCGAAUUUCUAAGAUUGACUCACUCCUCCAAUUGUGGAAAAGCAAGAGAGAGAACUUAAGAAGCCCUCGGGAAAAGCCUAAAUUUCUUCCAUUUUUGUUGGUUUCUAGCCUGGAAAAGAAAAGAGUGAAAUUUGAUCCAAUUCUUUUUCUUCUGGUUUUAAAAGAUAAAGAACCAGUUACUCAUUGAUAAAAUCCCAAACCUCAGAUUCUUUUCUUUGAUGGUUUUCUGGUUUUCCUGAGACAGAAAAGAGAGGAAACAAACAUGUUAGAAGGGAAAGCUUUGGUGGAUGACUCAGAUAUGCCAUUGAAGAUGCAGAUUGAAGCAAUGUCUUUUGCUUCUCAAGCUCUUGACCUUUAUGAUGUCUUUGACUGCAUUUCCAUUGCUGGUUAUAUAAAAAAGGAGUUUGAUAGCAAGUAUGGGAAUGGAUGGCAAUGUGUGGUGGGUUCAAAUUUUGGGUGUUUUUUCACUCAUUCUAAAGGGACUUUCAUUUACUUUACAUUAGAGAGACUCAAGUUCCUUAUCUUCAAAGGGGCUUCAUCUUCAACCUCUCCUUAAAACCCAACGCCAUGGUUUCAACUUCAUGGUUUUGUUGCAGUCUUGUACAGGCAACAGUUGAAGAAGAAUGAAGGCUUAAAAAUUGCUCUCAAGUUCCUUUUCUUUUAACUUUUUUCCUUCUGUAUAUGAAACUAUAUGUAUAUAAUAUGAGCUCUGGAAGAAGAGGAAAACAUCACAAGAGGCUCACAAGUAUAAUUGAUGUCAUGUUUAUAAUAAGAAUCUGGAUUAUCCAAA